UGUGACUAAGUCUUUCAUGGCUCAAUAUAAGAAGAUGUUGGCUUGCUUACAGAAUCAAACUGAAGUUCUUGGUGUUCAUGGAAUUGGUCCUGAUACCUGGUCUGGGAAGACACGCAAUGUCACCUGCGACAGGUGCCAGGAUUCCUACAGAGCACUGAACCAUAUUUAUGCUGAUGUUCUUGGUGAUAUUGAUGCAGAUCACAUUUGCAUGGACAUUGUGGAUGCAAUGAACAUGACUCGAAUGGUGUGGAGCCAAAACCUCAAGUGCACUCAGAGGAAUGUGACAGCAGAAGCACCCUUCAUUGUUGUGACAUGCAUGUGCAUCCUUCCACCUCUCUUCUACCUCUUGGCCUGGUGUCUUCCACAGCACCAGCGUGGCCCCAUUAUACGUCGUCUUGCAACACUUUCUGACAAAGCCCUGUGGAAUGCCCUCAACGCGAAGCCAAACACCACCACUCGCGCAUUGGCGACUACACUUGGAGUCACCCAUAUGGCCAUCGGCAACCAUCUGAACGACCUCGGCUAUUGGAAGGUUUACUCGACAUGA